AAAUUGAGCAUAAAACGCAAAAGCUUUGUAUACUGUUUCGUGUAGUUUUACCACUUUUAGCUGCAUCUCAAUCACCCAACGACGAAGAAGAUGAUUCAACAAUUCGAAUGAAAUAUGAAGCAUCAACCUCUCUAUCCACCGAAAUUAAACUGCAAAUGUCAAUGCAACCAUGCAUUACGGUCACUUUUCACCUUCUUCCUAUUCUCUUUCUUCACAUUGCGCUCCAAUCUUCGCCUCCUUCAUGCAACUUCUUCAGAUGCAGCUGUAAUAGAGUUCAGUGACUCAGCUAGCUCCAAUAGUCUCGGGUGCCUUAAACAAAAAACUACAAAGCACAGUUACUCUCUUUCCAAAACAAGUAGAUUAGAGAUAGCAUUUUGGAAAGUUUUAGGUAGCAGCACUGAUUUAGUGUGCAAACUGCAACCUUCUGAAGAAGAGCAAGAAGAGAAGAUUCUUCCACUAGCACAAAAUGCUGAUGAAAAAGUUCAUCAACCUACUUCAUACCUCAGUUAUGUCGAAUUCCGAAACAUAGCAAAGCAAGAAAAACCCAAGGAAGUGAUCACCAUAGUGAAGCAAGAAAAACCUAAGGAGGUGAUCACCACAGCGAAGCAAGAAAAACCAAAGGAGGUGAUCACCCCUGUGGUCGUUAAUAUAACUCACAGGCUUGAACCUGAUGGCUCAGUGUACAACUAUGCCUCUGAGUCCAAAGGUGCCAAGGUGGUGGCUCACAAUAAAGAGGCCAAAGGUGCCAACAAUAUACUAGGGAAGGAUCAUGAUAAGUACUUGAGGAAUCCUUGUUCUGUUGGAGAUAAGUUUGUUGUUAUUGAGCUUGCAGAAGCGACUCUGGUUGAUACUGUGAAAAUUGCAAACUUUGAGCAUUAUUCUUCGAACUUCAAGGAAUUUGAAUUGGCUGGUAGUAUGAGUUAUCCAACUGAAUCAUGGACAAUGAUGGGAAACUUCAUUGCCGCAAAUGUGAAGCAUGCUCAGACCUUUAGGCUUCUUGAACCCAAAUGGGCCAGGUAUUUGAAGUUGAGCUUGCUUAGUCAUUAUGGAUCUGAGUUUUACUGCACUUUGAGUGUUGUGGAGGUUUAUGGUAUUGAUGCAAUAGAGAGAAUGCUUGAGGAUCUUAUUGUUGCUUCUGUGGGAGCCAUGCCAGAGAAGUCUUCAGAGCACAAUGCCAGUGAUACCCCUUCUUUGAAGCUAGAAGCUGGUCAAAUUGAGAAAAGAAAAGACAAUGAAAGUAUGAACGAUAGUGUGCCUACUGAGAUAUCAACUGUUAAUGAUGACGCUCAGAAGAUUGUUGUGGAGGUGGCAAAAACUCCACCAAUGGUGAACUUGGUUCCUGAUCCUGUACUAGAAUUGAGGCAACAGCUAAAUGGUAGGAUAGCUGGUGACACUGUUAUGAGGAUUUUAGUGCAAAAAGUGAGGUCAGUGGAGGCGAACUUAUCCACAAUCGGGAAUUAUAUCAAAGAGUUGAACAGGAGACAAUGCGAUACAAUACCUGAUUUCGAGAAAGAGUUGCAUAAAUUAUCAGAACGCCUGGGACAAAGCAAGUCAGAGAUUAAAGACCUACGGGAGAGGAAUGCAAAUAUGGAAAAAGAAAUAUCCGAAGUUGAGUCAUGGAAAGAUGCUGUCUCAUCCCAACUUGAUGAACUGGCCAGACAAAAUUUAUUGCUAAGAUCAGAUGUUCAAAAGGUUGCAAGUGAUUAUGCAGCCCUAGAAAUCAAAGAGCUUGCUGUGUUAGGAAUGAGUCUUCUUUUUGUUUGCAUAUCGAUUCUCAAGAUAACUUCAGUCCACAUGUCGUUGAUGUUUUCUGAAGCACACAAUAAUGCUGAUAAGGGACCUCGGACAAUAAAAGGAUGGGUUACCUUGCUUGUAUGCUGCAGUAUAAUGAUAUUCGUUAUUUUGUUCUAUAACUAAGCAGUUACUUGUAGAAAUUUGGAUACUUGUACAUACGAUUUUGUUAAAGUUAUCAAAUCAACACAGAACACUUUGUAUACUGAAGAGUGAACACUUUGUUCAGUGCCUCCUCACUAAGGUGACUGCUUGCUGAUAAAUGUUAAAAGAAAUGCA